AUGGACCAACAACUGAUUCGCAACUUUUUUUUCUCUUUUGGUUCCACACCAGAGAUGGGAAGAAGGAGGCGUCCAGAAUUGAAUAGUUGUGUGAGUUUUUUUCGAAGAUGGAGAGAGAGAAUGGAAGUUUUCGAGUUUCGAAGAAGAGCUAGUGGCUACUAUUUUGACACGGCUUCAAUUGAUUUCGUUCCGUUCUUUUUUUUUGGGAAAAAUAGGAGAACGAAUUUUUAA